CACUUUUCAUGGUUAUAUAAUUGAAAAAAGGGUUGGGGGGGUUUGGGAAGUAGUUUUGUAUGUAAUUUCUCCCCUUUUUUAGUAAGAGAAAUCAAAUAACAAAAUAAUGGAGUCCUCAAUAUCGCUCAUUGGUUCGAUGAAUAAGCCUUGUUUACAGUACUCAUUGCGGGGCACAACCGGAUUAUAUACUACUACUCCUCCUCAUUCCUCUUGUUCGGGGGCACAAGUUUUGAAAUGCAAACGAUGGAAGCAACAAGUAGCAGUGCAGCUUAUGUCGACCUCGCAAAGUCGCCUUGCAAGAUUUGUCACUCUUUCUAAGAAAGGAAGUGAUGAUCAUGCAGUAGUACAUGCGACUUCUGGAGUUCCCUUUGAAUAUGAACCUUCAAACACCCUCUUCCAAACGCUUCAAGGAAAAUUCGAUGCUUUCAGCCAAUUUUCGCGACUCUACGCAUUCCUUGGAGUGGCAAUGGGCAUAGUUUCAGCUUCUCUUAUUGCGGUGGAGAAGCUUUCCGAUUUUUCUCCUUUAUUUCUUACCAGGAUGACUGAGGCCAUCGUUGCUGCAUUCUUUAUGCAUAUUUACUCUGUUGGUAUUAAUCAGCUGGCCGACGUAGAAAUCGACAAAGUUAAUAAAUCAUACCUUCCAUUGGCUUCAGGAGAAUACUCAACCAAAACUGCAACGAUGAUUACUUUAUCUUUUGCAAUUUUGGGUUUUUGGCUCGGACGGAUUGUUGGCUCCUGGCAACUAUUUUGUUAUGUUCUAGUCAGUUUUGUUAUCUGGACAGCGUAUUCGAUCAACGUACCUUUUUUGAGAUGGAAAAAAUCUGCGUUUCUUGCCGCACUCUGUUUUGCAGCUUCGGGGUUGAAUGCACAAUUUGCCAUUUACUUUCACAUACAGACUCAUGUAUUUGGACGGCCAGCUACCUUGUCAAAGACAUUAAUUUUUUCAACAGUACUCGUAUCAUUAUACGCACUUUUAGCAGCAAUUCUUAAGGAUAUUCCUGAUCUUGCUGGAGACAAGUUAUGUGGCGUCCGAUCUUUUGCCGUUCAGUUGGGUCCAAAUAAGGUGUUUCGAGUUUGCAUUGCACUUCUUCAAACAGCCAAUCUUGUUUCUAUUCUAGUUGGACUGACAUCUUCCCAACCUUGGAGCAAACUCAUAACUAUUGUUAGUCACAUAUUCUUGUCCAUAAUACUUUUUGUUCGUGCCAAAUCGGUUGAUCUAGAAAGCAAGGAAGCAACUCAGUCAUUUUACAUGUUCUUUUGGAAGAUUUUUUACGUUGAGUACUUGCUCGUACCUCUCGUAAGAUAGUAAACGAAGAAGAGAUUGGAAGAGCGUUUAUUUUCUGCAUCAGAUAUAUGUACUAGUGUUAGUAUUUACGUGUAUAUAUAUAGCGAAUCAUAUUCGUAUUUUUUCCCCUUUUUUUGGACUUCUGGUUUUCUUCAUUGAUAGAAAGCUCAUCUUUGUACUACUUAUUAUACAAACUGUAAUCAUGCUUUUAUCAAUUAUG